CAUACUCAUACUGCGUCUAGUAUCACUUCAUCAGAAAAAAGAGCGCUCGGGACGAGGGUGAAAUUGAUAUUAAUAUGCAUUCAUGGGAUCCAUCCCUGCAAUGCUCCCAGAGUGCCUGAGUACUCUAUAUACGUACAUCCGCGUUCUCAGGAAUCAUAGAGACCAGAUGGUCUAUACGACAGGUUUUGUGAAGAGGGAUGGUGAGUUUGGAUACUUUGCAGCUGUGGAAGCGGGAUUGUUUUUGUUAUUUUGGGAUCAAAUCGCAGCGAUUCGAGCUUUCAGAGCAUACCACAAUCAGGCGCUAUCAUGGCCAACUAACUUUCGCUUAGGUAGACGAGCGAAUUUGUACCGCUAUUUUUCACAAACCCUCUCCUCUUGCUACAAGAGUCUUGAAUAUCAAAAUGGUGCUGGUGGAGCGCCUCGAGCUAUUGGUGAGCAUCUGCAGUUGCAUCCCACCGCAUUAUGUUUAGAGGUGGCGCAAAUCCAUGCCAGCUGGGAGGACUCUCUAUACGCGAUAACAGCCUUCCCAAGAGCUGAUCAAAAGAAUUGGCGAGUACUGGUUAUGAUUGAACAGAUUAUGGAGGAUCACAAAGUUUUGGGAUCCAGCAGUGAGGCUGACAAACGGGCUUUAGUCGAGACGAUUUACCGCGCCUCGCAAAAGACUUUCCAGUCUCCUCGGAUCUUACGCUUAUUGUUCUUUGCCCUGAUUGAGAUGGGGCAAUAUGAUGAAGCCGAGCUUGCGCUCAAGUCAUAUAUGGAGAUGGCAGAGCUCAAUCUCAAAGUCAAAAACGCAGCUGCUAACGAGACCCUAUCCUACGAGCAGCGCGUCCGGCUGGAUGUUGAAUCACAGUAUGAAAUCACUACUGUCAUGAUCGCUGGCUCUGUCCUCUAUGGGAAAGAGCUUAAUAAGCCAACAGAAGCCCUUACUUGUGCUAGUAAUGCUCUAGACAAUGUUCAUAAAUAUUUGCAAAGCCACGAGUCCACUUCAGAGCUUCUCAACAGUGCGUACAAAUAUCAAGGGAUUGCUUACGGCCUCUUAGCCUCAAGCGAACAUGAACCCGAAAAGCGUUCCGAUUUUUACGCCAAGGCUAUAGAGUCGCUGGCGAAAUCAAUCCAAAUUUUGCCUGCAGCAUUUGAUGGUCAUUACUUGCUUGCGCUUCAGUUGGCAGAGAUGCGUGACAUUCCCAAGGCAACUAUGACUGCAAAGCAGAGUCUGAGUAUCAAUCCUUCAUAUAUCCCUUCUUGGCAUCUUCUUGCACUACUUCUCUCUUCGCAGAAGGAUUAUGAACGCGCCUUGAAUAUCUGUGCGGUUGGGUUGAAGGAAUCCGAAUGGGAUAUCACACAGGCAGAUGGAUAUUCAGCAUCUGGACUGGAUGGUGAGGAGUACCUAUCCUUUUGCAUCACUCAGGCACUCCUUCAUGACAAGGUGCAUGGCCCUGAGGCUGCUCUAGAGCCACAUGAAGCCUUGUUUGUCUUGUACAGCAAGGUAUUUGCUAUUGAACCCGAACCUACUGCAGAGAGUCUUUACGGUGUUAACAGCAUUCAACGUCGCGAUCAGAGCGAACUUGAUGUAUCUACAGGAUCAACAAUAGUGGGACGUCUUCAUGCAGGCAGUAUCUUAAGCAUCAGAGAUGUUCCUAAGCCGAGCUAUACCCCGUCGAUCGCAUCUAUCGGCUCAACCACCUCAAAAGAUCGUCGUAUCCCACCGUCAGCUACAUCGGCUCAGAGCACUCUCAUUAAAUCUGCAUUAAGCCUUCCUUCAGUCGCUCAACGCCCUACAACAAAGUCAAUCAUGCGGAUAGCGAGAGCUAACACGGUACUGGUCACCCUCUGGCUCUUGUCUGCUUCGAUUUUUAGACGGCUUGGAAGGAUGGAGGACGCGCUGAAAGCCAUUGAAGAAGCGGAGCGUGUCGAUAGCUCUAAUCCUGACGUCUGGUAUCAACUAGGUCUUUUAUAUGCCGCUCAAGGUGAUCCGGAAACGGCAUCCGUUUCAUUCUCGAAGGCAUUAGCCAUAUCGCCAUACCAUUCAGCUUGUUUGGCUCGCGUGGGACGUUCAUAUCUAGAUGCAGGCUCGCUGGAUAUGGCUGAAUAUGUUCUAGAAACUACCACUAAGAGCCAUGGAUGGGACUGUGCAGAGGCCUGGCUCUACCUUGGAAGAGUGAUGGAGGCAUCUGACCGUCUGACGCGUGCCAAGGAAUGUCUCUGGUACGCGUUAGACUUGGAGAACUCAUGACCUAUCCGGCCGUUUAAAGACUCUGUACCACGGUAUCUUGCAUGAUGGGUCACAGGGUCGUUACAGGAUGCAUAAUUUUAUAAUUUAAUGAGAAAUUUAUUG